AUGGAUCUGAAGAAAAUGCCCCCAUGCAAAGGUUACAAUUAUAUAUGCAACAUAGUUGACUGUUACAGCCGCUUUGCCUUUGGUGGACAUCUUAAACAGAAGACGGCAAAAGAAGUGUCGGAAUUGCUUUUGAAAUUCACCUACAUAUUUGGCCCACCUCGGAUUCUCCAGACUGAUAACGGCAAAGAAUUUAAUAAUGCUGAUCUUUGUGCAGUAAUUGAUGAGUUUAAGACAAGAAAAAUUAAUGGUCGUCCGUACCAUCCACAAUCACAAGGACGUGUAGAAAGAUUUAACAGGACUGUAGUCGCAUACUUUAGAGCCCAAUUUGUUGAUACUAGAGAUUGGCCAAGUUUACUAGGAGAAUUUUAUUAUAAAUACAACAACAGAGUCAACAAAUCCACUAGACCCAUGACACCCCACCAAAGAUUUUUUAAGAGGCCAAAUUUUUCAAUGGCAUUAGAAGAACAGGUUGCAAAGUGUAAUUUGACUAAAGAGGAAAAAGAAUUUCUAGAAAUGGCUCACUUGGAUGUUGAAGAAAAUGAUGACGACAACAAUAACUUGGCCUUAAAUGAAAACUUAAAAUCAGUGAAAAUUAAUGAAAUUACAGAUCCAGAAGAGAGUCAUAUUAAUCAGAAAGAUAAUGAAGUUCAGCAGUCUGAGAUUCUACAUCAUACCAUAACUACGGACUCUGCAACAAUUGGUGCAUCAAAUACAAAUUUUGAGAUUAACAGUAAAGAUGUGGUUAAUAAAGCCUCAGAGAAUAAAGCUGGAGAAAUUGCCAGAAUGGAUGCAGAAAAUGAUUACCAGGAAUUUGUUGAAGCGAUGUGGCACACAAAAAUUACCAACAGGAUCAAAGAAAGUGAAUUAGCAAUAUCUGCAAAUGCAACUAUAACUAGUAAUGAGUCCGUAAAUGGCGUAGAAAAUGUUGAGGUCAAUAAUACUGUACAGACUUACGAUAGAUUGAACGAAAUGAUACCAUCACAACAGCAACUCCAAAUGUCUCAACCACUGCAAGAUAUCACAAAUUCUCAAAUGAUGCGCAAUACAAGUUUACAUCAAUCAGAAGUUAGCCCAUAUUAUAAAGACUUGUAUGCAAGAAAAUUUAUACAACGUACUGAUUCUGGUAUAGCAGGCCUGAAACGCCGUCAUUUGGAAACAGAAAUUUAUAUGUCUCAGAAUCGUGAAGAAUGGGACAGUAGCUUGUAUCCGGAGGAGUUGUUUCCUAAAAAAGUAUCCAAACUUACAGAAAUGCAAACUUUUCAUCCCGCAGUUAAUGCAGUUAUAGACUUUAAACCAAAUUCAGCUUUGUCCGCGGGUACAAACGUUUUUCUGUCCGGGUAUUGGAAGAAAGGACUUGUUAUGAAUAUUGAAAAUGAUGACAGUAAAGGGAAGGUGUAUACCAUAAAGGAGCUUGAAAAUGGCAAAAUUCACCAAGUUUCAAAAUAUUUUAUUCGUCCGAAUUUGAUUUAG